GGUGUUAUGCUAUAGGUAGAAACAGGUCAAUACUGAUCAUAGGAUCAUGUCGAGAAGGAGAUUAAUUAUCCAUACUCCUCCUUAUUUCUGGAUUUUUCUUCCCUUUCUUCUGGUCUUGAUAAGUCUUGUUGGAGCAAUUGGAGAUGAGGAAAAGAGAUUUUACAUCGCUUACUUGGGAGAUCAUCAUCCAGCAGGGAAUACAAACUCUGCAGAUCAAAUGCACAUUCAUCUCCUCACGUCUUUGAAAGGAUGCUACGAUGAUGCGAAGGAGUCGCUGGUCUACAGCUAUACAAAGAGCUUCAAUGCAUUUGCUGCAAAGCUAACUGCAGAUGAAGCUGAAAAGUUGUCGAGAAUGGAAGAGGUGUUAUCGGUGAUUCCGAAUCGGUAUCACAAGCUACACACAACGAAAUCAUGGGACUUUAUUGGGUUACCUCUAACCGCAAGGAGAAAAUUGAGAAUGGAGAGUGAUAUAAUUGUGGGUCUAUUUGAUACAGGGAUUACUCCACAGUCUGAAAGCUUUAAGGAUGACGGGUUCGGUCCCCCACCAGCAAAAUGGAAAGGAAGUACUUGUGGCCAAUUUGCCAAAUUCUCAGGAUGCAACAACAAGAUCAUAGGUGCCAGGUACUUCAAGUCCGAUGCCAAACCUGAUCCCGCCGACAUUUUGUCUCCGGUUGAUGUUGACGGACAUGGAACGCACACGUCGUCAACAUUGGCCGGUAACCUAGUUACAAAUGCAAGCCUCUUUGGGCUUGCCAAUGGUACCGCCCGUGGUGCAGUUCCCUCGGCUAGGGUGGCCAUGUACAAGGUCUGUUGGGCCAGCUCUGGUUGCGCCGAUAUGGAUAUACUUGCUGCUUUUGAUGCUGCGAUACAUGAUGGGGUGGACGUUAUCUCGAUCUCUAUUGGUGGAGGGUCUCCAGAUUACAUAUCUGACUCUAUAUCAGUCGGUGCAUUUCAUGCCAUGCAGAAAGGAAUCCUCACCGUCGCCUCCGCUGGAAAUGAUGGAAUUCUCGGUAGUGUGGUGAAUGAUGCACCUUGGAUUCUGACCGUGGCAGCUAGCGGCAUUGAUAGGGAGUUUAGAAGCAAAGUUCAUUUGGGAAAUGGAAAGAACAUCUUAGGGCUUGGCGUGAGCACAUUCAAUCCAAAGCAGGAAUUAUACCCUCUUAUUAGUGGGGCCGAUGCGGCCCGAGACUCUGCAAGCAAGGAGGACGCGAGGUUCUGUGUUGAAGACACAUUGGACCCUAUCAAAGUAAAGGAUAGGCUUGUUUAUUGCAAAUUAGGAACCUGGGGUACUGACUCUGUUGUCAGAGGAAUUGGUGGGGUUGGCACUAUAGUUGAAACUGAUCGAUUUCUUGAUGCUGCCCAAAUUUUCAUGGCGCCAGCAACCAUGGUAAAUGGAACCAUAGGAGAAUUCAUCGACGAUUACAUACAUUCCACGAGAUCGCCAUCAGCCGUGAUAUACAAGACCCAUGAAAGAAAAAAAGAGCCUGCUCCAUUUGUCGCUUCAUUUUCAUCUCGGGGUCCAAGUCCGGGAUCGCAACGCCUCCUCAAGCCAGAUAUUGCAGCACCCGGUGUUGACAUCUUGGCAGCUUACACGCUUAUGAAGUCGCUCACCGGGUUGAAAGGUGACACCCAAUUUUCAGAAUUUUCCAUCAUGUCUGGAACUUCCAUGGCAUGUCCUCACGUUGCCGGAGUAGCUGCCUAUGUAAAGUCAUUCCACCCAAAUUGGACUCCAGCUGCAAUCAAAUCUGCCAUCUUGACCACAGCUAAACCAAUGAGCCGUAGGGUGAACAACGAAGCAGAAUUUGCCUUUGGUUCCGGCCAAGUGAGCCCAACUCGGGCUGUGAGCCCCGGCUUAGUUUAUGACAUGGAUGAACAGACUUACAUCCAAUUCUUAUGCCACGAGGGGUAUAAUGCAUCCUCUGUGGCAACCCUAGCCGGUUCAAAAUCCGUCAACUGCCCCAAAUUGCUUCCUGGAAUUGGCUAUGAUGCUCUCAACUAUCCCACCAUGCAGCUUAGCUUGAAAAACAACCAACAACAAACGACAAGUGUUUUCCGGAGAAGAGUCACCAACGUCGGCCCUGCUCUGGCCAUCUAUAAUGCCACCAUUAAAGCUCCCAAGGGAGUUCAAAUCACAGUCAAGCCCGAGAGUCUCUCCUUCUCUCACGUCUUGCAGAUUCGGAGCUUCAAGGUUGUCGUGAAGGCAAAACCAAUGUCGAGUGGGCAAAUGGUUUCAGGUUCACUUGUUUGGAAAAGCUCCCGUCACAUUGUAAGAAGCCCUAUUGUCAUUUACAGUCCACAAAAGAUCAGUACUCAUAUUCAAAACCAACAGGCGAAGAUGCAGUAGUGUCAUUAUGCACGUAUAUAAACAUGCAUGUAGCCUGUGUGCUUUUUUUUAAUAGAGAAAUGCUUUGUACGUACUGUUGUAAUAUUUGCUUGAUUAUAUUUUGAAAAACAUAUAUGUCAUAUAUUAAUAUCAUU